GGGGACGGCCCCUCGUCGGAAAGCGGAACCCCGGAGCACGGAGAGCUGCAGCCGGGGGAAGGAGCGGGCGGAGGGCCGCACUUCCGGGCGGAAGUGAUGAUCGUCCUAACCCUCCGGCGUGGUAGGGAGGAAGCGGAGUCAGUGCACGUGCGGGCUCUCCUCGUCCGGUGGCGCCAUGGCGGGCGCGGUGCGGACGGUCGCCAAGAGGCUCUCGGUUGAGGGCAACAUCGCCGCGGGCAAGUCGACCUUCGUGCGGUUGCUGCGCAGAGCUUUCCCCGAGUGGCGCCUGAAGCCCGAGCCGGUAGCCAAGUGGCAGGAGGUCCGAGCCACCGCCGCCGCCGCCCCCCAGGCCUCUCCUCCUCCUCCUCCUCGAGACUUCGGGAACCUGCUUCAGAUGAUCUAUCGGGACCCUUCCCGAUGGUCCUACACCUUCCAGACCUACUCGUGUCUGAGUCGGCUGAAGGCACAGCUGGAACCCCUGGCUGCUGAGACCCCAAAGACGCAGGAACCGGUGCUGGUGUUCGAGAGGUCUGUCUACAGCGACAGGUACAUCUUUGCAAAAAAUCUCUUUGAGAUUGGCCACAUGACUGAGAUUGAGUGGAUCAUUUACCAGGAUUGGCACACCUUCCUCCUGCAAACCUUUGGGGACCAACUUGCCCUCCAUGGCUUUCUUUAUCUCCGGGCCCCUCCAGAGGUCUGCUUUGAGAGGCUGCACUGGCGAUCCAGGCCUGAAGAAAAGGACCUCCAGCUACCUUACCUGGAGCAGCUUCAUGUCCAGCAUGAAAACUGGCUUGUGAAGAAGGCUACUGUGAUCCAUUCUGAAGCUUUAAGAGAUGUGCCUGUCUUGAUUCUAGAUGUCACAAAGGAUUUUGAGAAUGAUCCAAAUGAACAAAGCAAGCUUGUAGGCCAGGUGAAAACUUUUAUGAAAACUCUUUUGUUCUGAUUCUUUGCCUUCCAUCUCUUCAACUAUCUCCAAUUAAGGGGAGUUGGAUUCUGCAUUCUACAACUAAGAGCUGCUUGCUUAAUACUAAGGAAGCAACGGGAGUGGUCUGUCUUCAAGCAGAUACAAACUCCAGGCAGGUCAGAAAGCCUGGCAAAGGUCUGGCUUCCACCCAGUAUUAGCAAGAAGGCGGUGGGGGAUAGUCCCAACCCAGCAGAGGGCCUCAGGUGCAUUCCGUAGACUCCCUGGGGCUCUCCAAGAAAGGUGGGCAACGUUUUUGGUGGAGCUGAACUUGGCACAGCUACCGAUCCUGCUGAGUCCUGCCCACACUAGUCAAGCCACAAUCAUGGACCGGCUUUGCCUGGUCAGCUUCUUCCCUCCCUCUGGCUGCUGAAUUUCUGCAGAUUUGGCACCCAUCUGGCAUGGAGUUGCUUCGUGACCAUCUUGUGCCCUUUAAUUUCAUUCCUACCCCAUGAGUCCUGCUCCUCUGGAUGGUGUGAUGAGGUACCUCAAGAGUGUGGUGCCUCAAGAGCCCUGCGUCUUUUCCCCUGUGCCAGGAAGGGUCAGAGACCCAAGUUUCAAGACCAGCCGAGGAUCACAGUUCACAAGUUGAAAAAGAUGCAGCCUAAACUGGGAGCCUUUUGCACCCAGUUCAGCAUAUGAUGGUUUUCUGUUGGAGCUGAUGGACAACUGAAUCAUAGUUACGCCAUCUUGAAUUGCCUCAUGGGGAUGGGGGUCCUUUCAAGAUAUAACCCAGCAUAUUCCUAGCCUACUGGACAGCUACUUUUGUCACCCCUGUAACAGAUUAAACAUCGGUAACACUACUGGAAACCCGACAAUUCCAGAAUGGAAUGGGGCCGUUACACCUCCAUUCCCUAGCUCAUGGGGCCCACUGGAUACAUAAUCUGCUUUGCUAUUACUGAAGUCCUAAAGAAAAGCAUUAUAGGGCAGCUAUCUUUUUGGGGUUUUUUUAAUAAUAUUUUAUUAAUUUUCCAACUUUACAUUUGAGUAUUUGGAAAGCAACAUGGUGAUUGGGUAGUCAAUAGUUCAAUAACAAAAUCUUUAGUGCAAAUCUCAGGUUACAACAUCAGAUAUUUCUUCUCUUUUUCCCUUAACAUUUACUGUCCCAUAUUCAAGUUAGUACAGUUCUAAUUAUAUCAACUCAGUAAAAACAUCAUUAUUACAUUUAUCAUUAAACUUUUGGCUUAUACAUAUCUUGAUUACAUUCAGUCUUCAUAAACAAUUCAUAUCCCGUUAAUUUUUACUAAUUUUUAGUUUCUCAUCAAUAUUCCAAUUUAACCUUUGAUAUUUAUAAUUUUCAGACUUUGGGUAUCCAAGAUUUCCCUUAUCUCACUUCAUAACAAAGUAUAAUAUCCAGAAUACACAUUUUAUC